AUUAGCGUUGAAACUAGACGGUGGCCCGACCUUAAAGGGGAGGGAGCCGAGGAACCUCCCCUCCCCCUGGAGUCUUUUAAUAUUAGACGGACCUGCGCCUGCCCCUUUAAGGGCGGGGCGUCUGACGACGGAAUCUGAGUUUCAGAUAACUCGGAGUUUCCGUCGCAGGCUGCAAGAAAAGGCUGCCUGACUGGGUCCGGGCGCUCGGCGGACGGCGGCGGUGGCCUCCCUCCAUCCCCCGCUCGUCCUCCCCGGGCCCGGAGGGACCCCCUACUCCAGUCAUGCUGAGCAGAGUAUGGAAGCAGCUGACUACGAGGUGCUAUCCGUGCGAGAGCAACUCUUCCACAACCGCGUCCGCGAGUGCAUCAUCUCAGUACUUCUGUUUGCCACACUCUACAUCCUCUGCCAUAUCUUCCUGACCAGAUUCAAGAGGCCUGCUGAGUUCACCACAGUGGAUGAUGAAGAUGCCACUGUCAACAAGAUUGCACUGGAGCUGUGCACCUUUACCCUGGCAGUUGCCCUGGGUGCUGUCCUCCUCUUGCCCUUCUCCAUUAUCAGCAACGAGGUUCUGCUCUCACUGCCACAGAACUACUACAUCCAGUGGCUCAAUGGCUCCCUUAUCCAUGGUCUCUGGAACCUCGUUUUUCUCUUUUCCAAUCUGUCCCUCAUCUUCCUCAUGCCAUUUGCAUAUUUCUUCACGGAAUCUGAGGGCUUUGCUGGCUCCAGAAAGGGUGUCCUAGGUCGGGUCUACGAGACGGUGGUGAUGUUGAUUCUCCUCACUCUGCUUGUGCUGGGCAUCGUGUGGGUGGCAUCAGCCAUUGUAGAUAAUAACAAGGCCAGCAGGGAGUCACUUUAUGACUUCUGGGAGUACUACCUCCCCUAUCUUUACUCCUGCAUCUCCUUCCUUGGUGUCCUGCUGCUCCUGGUGUGUACACCGCUAGGUCUUGCCCGCAUGUUCUCGGUCACUGGAAAACUACUGGUCAAACCCCGGCUACUAGAAGAUCUUGAAGAACAGCUGAAUUGCUCAGCCUUUGAAGAAGCAGCUCUGACCCGCAGGCUCUGUAAUCCCACCUCCUGCUGGCUGCCUUUAGACAUGGAGCUGCUACACAGACAGGUUCUGGCUCUGCAGACACAAAGGGUCCUUCUGGAGAAGCGGUGGAAGGCUUCAGCCUGGCAGCGGAACCUGGGCUACCCUUUGGCCAUGCUGUGCUUGCUGGUGCUGACGGGCCUGUCUGUGCUCCUUGUGGCCAUCCAUAUCCUGGAGCUGCUCAUUGACGAGACUGCCAUGCCACGGGGCAUACAGGAUGCAUCUCUGGGCCAGGUCUCAUUCUCCAAGCUGGGCUCUUUCGGUGCUAUCAUCCAGGUUGUACUAAUUUUUUACUUGAUGGUGUCCUCUGUUGUGGGCUUCUAUAGCUCUCCUCUGUUCUGGAGCCUGAGGCCCAGGUGGCAUGACACAGCCAUGACACAGAUAAUUGGGAACUGUGUCUGCCUCCUGGUCCUAAGCUCAGCACUUCCUGUCUUCUCUCGAACUCUCGGGCUGACUCGCUUUGACCUGCUGGGUGACUUUGGACGCUUCAACUGGUUAGGCAAUUUCUACAUCGUCUUUCUCUACAAUGCAGCCUUUGCUGGCCUCACCACACUCUGUCUGGUGAAGACCUUCACUGCAGCUGUGAGGGCAGAGCUGAUCCGAGCCUUUGGGCUGGACAGAUUGCCACUGCCUGUCUCCGGUUUUCCCCGGGCAUCUAGGAAGAACCAGCACCAGUGACCUCCAGCUGGGGGGUGGGAGGGAGAAAACUGGACACUGCCAUCUGCCACCUAGCCCGGGAGGCAAGCCCAAGUUGGACCUCAAGUUCUGGAAUCUGAGUGUUGGUGGCAGAGGGGAGCUGAGCCUUCUGCACUGUGGGCAUAAUCUGAGCCAUAGUUUGGGACCAGGCUUCCUGCUUUUUCAGACUUCACUGGCCUCAGCACACAGUGGAGAUCUGUGAGGAUCCAGUUCCUGGUCCCAAAUCCGUUUACACAUCAGUCUGCCUCACUGCUCUUCCAGGCCUUGCCUGAAGCAUUGUUUACAUGAGUUGAUGUGCAAUAGGGUGGGUAGGAGUGGGAGGGGCUGGGCCUGGCAUAGCUUCCAGAGGCUGGUUGUCUACCUUGUCUCUGGUCCAGCGGAGUGUAGCACUGUGCUGUCCCGGAGGGGCUUUGAACCACUGGAGAGAUCAAGGGCGCAGGGAGGAAGAGGCCGCACCCAUCAGCAAUAAACUUGAUCCCAGAA